GUGUAGGCAAGCCCGUUUCACGAACUGGAUGAAUACUACCGCACCAUCCUUACGAUAUUUGGCGAGGUGUUAUAUUUAUCACUUAACAGAUUAGUUAAUGGACAGGAAGUGUUGAUGUGGCCGUCCUACGUACCGAAGUUUUCUAUGGUGAAGACGAACUAGGGUCUCUAUUCUUUUGGCCUGUCGGUUCUACAUUCUCGUAUACUUUCUUAUUUGACGCAAAUAGACUAUCUUCAGUCAUUUUAUAAGACAGUAUCGAUAUGGCAGCGAUUGCCGCGUUUAGAAGGCAGAUAGCCUGUAGACUGUCCCAGGUGACUGCAAUUAACACCGAGAGCAUUGCAGGCGCACUCACAUGGAGCCGAAAUGAGAAGGAUGGCGACCUUUCUAUUGCUGUGCCCAGCCUUUUGGCUUCAGCGACGACUGCGAUGAAGGACAGGGGAACGCACUCUGGGCUGGUCUCAGGAAUAAGCCCUGCGCAAGUAGCUGUACGAUUGGCGGACGAGUACAAUUCAGCCCCAAUCCCAAAUGGAAACACAGCAGACACUGCACAAGACGGUCCUGUUGUGAGCCAUGAAGGUGCAAUCACGGUGUCGGCAAAGGACAUAUUCCUCAAUUUCUCUUUUCGGACCGAUAUCCUGGUGCGCGAGGUUUUGAAGGACGUGCACACAAACACAGACACAUACGGCCGGAGCUGUGUGUUUGCUGGCAAACGGGCUGUGGUCGAGUUCAGUUCACCCAAUAUCGCCAAACCGUUUCAUGCCGGCCAUCUGCGAUCAACGGUUCUCGGCAGUUUCAUCUCACGUAUACUCACGUUUAACGGCUAUGACAGCGUGAGACGGAUCAACUAUCUGGGAGACUGGGGGAAGCAAUAUGGUGUGUUUUAUAUCCA